CGCUGUCGCGACCACUGCAUCGCAGGCAACGCGUCAGAAUAUUGCUAAGGACAUGCAAUUAUUACCAGAUUUUUCUACAGGCUCUCGACCACGAAGUUUAGUUCGUGUUCUGUGAGGGUUGCAGUCCUGAACAUGCGCGUCGAAGAAGUUUACAGGUUGUAAACAAAAGCCUCCACACGACAAACUCGACCGACAACGUCGAUACAAUUUCUGCAGCCCGACGAGCAUACGCCGCUGACACAACCCAAAAUGACGCUUCCGCAAGCGCUGAAAGAAUGGAUGGACGACCUAUCCGAGGACUGGAUUUCCCAGCCUCCCUCAUCAUCGCACUCUUCGCCUUCUCAACUACACAAUUCGACCUUUAAGCAAAAGAGUGUUCUGUCCGAGCGCUCACAGAACGCGAGCAAUAUACAGGCUAGUUCUGUGCAAAGAAGGGAUCGCCAGAAUGGUCUAUCACGGCGCUCAUUAUCUGAUGCCUCGUCCUCGGGUUCCCAAACUGGUCGAUGUUGCGGAACCACCGCUCGCAAAUCAGUCAGUGCCUCUCCACCCAAGUCAAGACGCCAGAACGAAGAACUGGAGUGGAAGAAGAGACUUUUACAUGGUGGUAUGGGCUUUGGGCAGCAAAAGGAUCUGUUUAGUCCGAUGGCACUUGAGAGCUUGUUCCAGAAACCCGGGUCUAAGGGCUCAGUGAGGAAGGCGCAGAGUGACAACAACAAGCCAAAAGGCCUGUCCUUUUUAAAGAGCUUGGAUAGCAUCUCUUCGAGUCCACCGCCCUGGCCUUCUUCUUCACGACCGAGUACGAAGAUAUUAUCAAGACGGGGGAUGCCUAGCACAAGGCAGAAUUUGGAGGCGUUGGAUGAAGAAGACGAUGAGUUGAAACUGGAUGGAUCGGAUGGAAGUCAGAUUGAGAAAUUGCCAGAGAAAACUGAACUUUCUAAUAGUGAGACCACGACUCAUGGCGACCAGCAGCAACACGGGUCACGAGCGCGUACGGUUCAUAGCAUAAAUCAUAAUGAGGACCUCGUCUCGCGUAAGACUUCUUUUGGAUCAGCCCGACUGCAACCUGCCUGCGAGAAGAACUCUCGUGCAACUAGCUGCAAUUUCAGCCAGAACAGCGACGACUUCAGCCCCGUAUUUAUCUCAAAGCACAACACUGCCGAUGGGCGCAUUGCCUAUGCAGCCCUGGACCUAUCGAAAUCAGAACUAGAGGCUCAACUGAAGCGUCUAAGAGCUCCGAAAGCAACACCUUCCAGAGCCAUAUCACAAACAGUGCGAAAUACAACAACAAUUGGCGAUGACUCUUCACUUGCACGGAUAGAAUCGGAAGCUCUACCGGAGGAUCUCCCCGUUGGUACGCCUGACGUGGUUGAUUUGCCAAGUAUUGGCGAGUUCGUCAGCAUCAAGAGAGGAGGCUACUCAGACAUCGGCUCCUUCAAGCGACGACCACUUAGCCCCUCCCCGCUUGCUAGGCCGAUCUCUAGAUCAGUCGAUGACUCGUCCAUGCUGUUACAGUCUGAAAUACAAGCCUUGGAUUUGGAGUCAACUAGCGUUCUCCCGACUGCCCCAACACCUCCCAAUGCUACUGCGCCAAAGACACCGUGUGCUGAACGAAAGCAAAACGAAUUCCUCAGCCCGCAGAGGACGAAGUCAAGCAAUAGUCCUUUGAAGCUUUUCGAAAACCAUGAUACAUUUACGGCAAAUAGGCUUCAGAGAAGAAUUAGCCAACUAGAAGAACCCGAUAACCUGCGUGAUAUGCACAAGGCAGCCGGAUCACCCUCUCGGCGCCUGACCGAAGAGGAUCUCUCCGUUGUUGAAGAGGCUAGUUUUAUCCACGAGAAAGGAAAGGAAUGCCGCAAGACCUCGAUACAACGGCAUUUCGGACAGGGAGACUUGGAUGGUCAUACUUUCGACGGAGAUCAGCUCUCGUUAGAGUGUAGUCGUAUCGAUAACAAGGAUGAGCUUCCUUCUCGCUCUCCUUCUCCUGAUAUGCUACCACCUGGAUAUCAACAGCCAUUCCGAUUUCAUGUCGAAGAGCCGCCUUCAGAUUUUGCGGAUACAUUCAAGGGAAAGCGUAGACCCAGCAAGACCAGCACUAAUGGAGGCCUUUCAGUUGCAAAGAGAAGCGAUCGCAAUAGGCCAAGGCUAUCUGUACAUACCGCAGAUGCAAGAGUCACCUCGCAGCCAUCUCAAAUCUCACAGGUUUCUGAAGGGAAACGCCCACUUACGCCGUCCCCGUUUAAAAGUCCGACGCCAAAGAGAAGAAGAACCGUAGUGCGCAAAGAGUUUACAGCUGGAGUAGAGGUCGACGAAACUAGAGUAACACUGACACACGAUUCGCAUUCCAGUUUCCAGCACGCGCUUAGUAGAAAGCGUCGAGAUGCACGGCAUGGAACAGAACGUACCCUUGCAGAUCCUGACAUUCUUGCCCAGCGCUCAAUCCUGAGACCAAGAAACCCAACCCCUAGUCAACGACGCAGAACGGAGUCUGAGCAGGCCAUAGAUCCACAUCCUGCUGCUGCUGCUGCUGCUGCUGAGACGAGCUCGUCCAGGCUGCGAGACAUGAAGAAGAAUCUGAGUAUACCACCUCCGCCAUCGCGUGAGUCAGGGGACGACAUGCAGGUCAGGGCGUUGGCGACGCACCUUGCGGUGAUUAGUGAGAACGUAGCGCAACGUAAGAAAUCGGUGACGACACAGGAUUUUCUUGACGAUGCGAUGAAAGUUAUGCACUUCAUCAGGACUCAGUACAGACCAAACGGGAGUAACCUUGUGAGCAUUAACGAAGGGGAGUCAGAAAAGCAGAAGACAUCAAAUGAGAUGGAGAGUGAAUUUGAGUCACAGCUUAGGUCUAAAAGCUUUGAUGAUUUGAGUUUGGAGAGGCCGCCUUCCAGGGAGGGAAGGCCUCACAGCGCAUGGCGAACAGGGAGGUCGGCUAAAUACGAUGCUAGAGUGGUGAGCCAUCUGCGCAAGUUCCAGGAAGAUGAUAAUGAAGCGUUCCUGACUGCUUCGUCACGAUCAUCGGGAUAUCACUUGGCAAAUGGCAAUGAAGCCACCCAAGCUCAUAUUGAGACCGUAACAAGUGAUCCACCAGGACUGCGUAUCAUAGGCCAAUCCAAACUUGUGCAGGAGAGAAAUAGAUCAGGUUCGGAUUCAAGUCUGUCGAAGGCAGCCAACUCCAAUGGAACUAAUGAGACGAACGGCUCAAGAGCAUCGCAUAGCUCUCGAACAAGUAUUAACUCAACCAUGGCCCGUACAACAAAUUCUCGAAAGUCCGAAAAUGUAGCGACAUUGCCACCAGAAGCUGUUGCUCAUCUCAUCCCAGAUGAAGUAGCAGGGAUGACAUAUGAUAAGGAGUUACGCCGGUGGGUCAAAGCAAAAAGCCCAAAAAAGCCCACUGAACAUCACAUCGCGAAUGAACAUAGCGGUAUGACCGGCGUGACAGGUAGUGAUAAUGACCCCUUUGGCGAUAUUCCCGAUCUAACUGUCGACUCGGCUGAGGAGACUAAGCACCUACUUCUGAGCAAAUCGACAGGGCGAAAACCCAUCGGACACCCGCCCGAAGGGCAUUCGGCGUUGAUGGAUUUUAGUUCAAGACCGUCGACAAGGGGUCAGGAGGAGGUCACGCAGCUAGCAAAGUCGCCUGAGGUGAGCGCUCUCCAUCUCGGUUCUUGCAGGAACAGUGAACCUAGGUUGCAAGUUACUGUCACACCUGCUACAGAGAGGCGAAAAAGUCCAUGUACAAAUCCGGAGAAUCGCAUCCUAGACGAAAAGGAGCCAACAGAAGAAGAAGUCGAGCACGAGAUCAGCAUCUUCGAAGGGAGAGCGCAGCCUACACCUCAUUCAAGGCAAAUACGCAAAAUCACCAUUUCUAUGUCUUCACCAGCAUGGACUCGGGCUAAGCACGAACUAUCGCCGCUGCUUGAGAGUUCCGGUGUCUCCGUGAGGGACUACGGCAAAAAGUCGUCACAGAUCUUGCCAGCCUUCCAUGAUCAGAACAAUCGCCAAACAAGUGUGCCCAUGGGUAACUCCGGUGCUGUAAUCAAUACAAAUGACCAAGAGCAAGAUCUGGCGUGUUUGCCAUCAAGUUCACCAUGCAAGGGAGCGGAUGUCACUUUCUACCUCAGCGAGCUACCGGAAUUUACAUUGAAUCAGAUCGACGAACGAGAAGUACAAGGACGAACAUUAAGCAGGAACAACACCGUUGGCCCAGUCUUCCGAGGCACAGAGGACCGCUAUGCAUCUGGAAAUCACCUCCUUGUCAGGGCACUCCAAGAUACUGAACCAGAUGAGCCAUACUGGGAAGACCUACGCAAAUUAGACAUCCAUGGCAAAAACCUCACAUCGCUGCAUCUUCUGGACGUUUUCUGCGACAGGCUAGAGACUUUAGACGCCUCAUAUAACACGCUAGCCCAACUCAAUGGAGCACCGCAUACGAUCCGCUGUCUGAGCUUACAACAUAAUUCCUUGACCAGUCUGACAGCGUGGGGACACCUAUUCAAUUUGCAGUACUUAGACGUGAGUUACAAUCACAUCGAGAGUCUGCAGGGAUUGUCAACUCUUGUCCAUUUGAGAGAGCUGAGGGCGGAUAGAUGUUCGAUCCGUUCUUUAGAGGGAAUAGAGGAUCUGGAUGGCCUUUUGAUGAUGAGUUUAAGAGGCAACAAGCUGGAAGCCGUGGAUUUUGAGGGAUGGCAACUGUCACGGUUGGAGUCUUUAGAUCUUGGUGAAAACAACCUAGCCAGUGUCAAAGGCCUUCACUAUCUAUCUUCUCUUGAACAGCUCAGACUUGAUUUGAAUUAUUUACAGCAUUUCCCUCAGAAUGACCGACCCUGUCCUCAACUUCAAACCCUAGAUUUGAGUAGAAAUAAAAUAGCCUGUCUCGAACUUACUACUUUCUGUCCUGCUUUGCGGUGGUUGAGUGUGGAUGGUAACGAAAUUUCUUCAACAGCAGGUAUCAGUCUUCUACGCAACCUGGAGACUCUUAGCAUGCGAUCUCAAGCUCUACAAGGUGUGGACUGCGACCUCGCCCCCUUACUGGAAGCACGUUUAUCGGAUCUUCAAGCUCUCUACUUAUCAGAAAACCAUAUUUCAGCCCUAAGCCUUCCUCAGGGUUGGUAUUCCUUGCGGAUCCUCGAACUUGCUUCAUGCGGUCUUCAAGCUUUGCCAGAAGACUUUGGUCUUUGUGUACCGAAUUUGCGAGCUCUAAAUUUGAACUUCAAUGCCAUCAAGGACCUCCGGCCGCUCCUUAACAUCAAAUUGCUACACGAGCUCCAUGUUGCGGGAAAUAGGCUGGCACGUUUGCGGAAGACUACCGUGGUGCUUGCGAAACUACGGGAGCUUGAAGUGCUUGACCUGAGAGAUAACCCAUUUAGCAUCGGUUUCCACACGAAGGCCGUGCAGACGGGCACUGUAUCUAGCCUUUCAGGCCCCGUUGAUCACACAGAAUCGCACAUGACGCGAAAAGUGGAGAAGGAUAGUCAGAUGCAGUUUCUUCUCCCACCUUGUAAUGGUGACACUGAUGCGCAGUACUUCUCUCGCUUGGAUGACGGUACCAAACUUAGGCGCAGAGUUUAUGAGAUGCUGUUAGCAAAUAAUUGCCGACAGCUCACAUCGCUGGAUGGACUGACCUUUCGGAGAGAACAAGUACUAGUUCGUGAUGAGAUAUGGGAUAGGUUAGUCUUGCUUGGGGUUUUGAAGAGGAGUGGCAAAGUAAUCGAUGAUGGUGAUGAAAGAGUUGUGACAUUCUAAUGGUUUACGAAAUUGGGCUCUCGCACUUAGCAUUGAUCGGCGUCUAGCAUUUGACUUUAAAGAUGGAGUUAGGCCGGGAUGUUUGUGUGAAAGUAAUGUAUCAUUAUUGGGAUCGAGUGCUUAGCAAGCAAGGCAGCUUUCGAGCCAGAGCAUGAUGUAAUGUG